AUGAGCCUGUCGGUCUUGGAGACGUCCUGCCGGAAUGCUCCUGAGAGGCACGAGUGGGGAGACUGCAUCUCAGACAUUCAACAUGAGACUUUCUUUGUAUUGGCCUCACACUUGCUACCAGCCAGUGAAGAGAAAGGAAGUCUGAUUUUCUUGGGAGUCUCUGAAGGAGAACUCUGGCUCUGCUGUGACAAGGACAACGGACAAAGCCAACCAAAGCCAACCGUCACUACAGCUGAAGUUCUGGAGAAGGGGAGAGGAGGCCAUAGAGGAGUCGUGACUACUUAUUGUCCUUCAACAUAUCAACACCAGAAGAACCCAUGCAAAGACCUGACAGCCCAGAAGGAACCGUCACUUACAUCUUUCAUCUUCUACAAGAGGAAGGUGGGCUCCCGGUACACUUUGGAGUCAGCUGCCCACUCCAAAUGGUUCCUCUGCACCUCCUCCAGUUCUGACGCACCUGUUGGCAUGACGAAAACCCCUGGAAAGAACAAUCAUACGGAGUUUUCCUUUGCAAAGUUAAGCCAAUGGACAUGA